AUGGCCGGCUGCGACCCGCUGUCCGAGGACAUCGAGGUAAUUGUGAGCGACGUGGGGAAGGACUCUGCCGCCCAGCGGAAGGACUCUGGCGCCCAGCGGAAUACGAACACAUGGCACUCGGACACGGGGCACUCGGACACGGGGCCCUCGGACACGGGGCCCUCGGAAACGGGGCCCUCGGACACGGGGCCCUCGGACACGCGGCCCUCGGACACGCGGCCCUCGGACACGCAGCCCUCGGACACGCGGCCCUCGAACACGGGGCCCUCGGACAGUGAGCUUGGUGCAGUUGGGGGUGUGGCCUCCGGCGCACAGCGGCAGUGGGCGCUCACAGACGCUCUGUUCCAUGAGAAACCUCUGAGCAAUGACGUCCUGCACAAGCAUUCACCUGUCGUCGCCUCAGGGCCUCCGCGGCUUCCUCGCCACGCACUCGUUCCUCAACCCCCACGUGCAGCACAUGUUACUCGCGUCCCGCCUCCCGUGCCGCCCCCGGUCCCCCUCCCUCCCCUGCCUCACGUGCCCCUCCCUCCCCCGCCUCACGUGCCCCUCCCUCAGCUGCCUCGCCCGCCCCUCCCUCAGCUGCCUCGCCCGCCCCUCCCUCAGCUGCCUCGCGUGCCCCUCCCUCACCCACCUCACGUGCCCCUCCCGGUGCCUGUGCCCUUCCUCAUCUCCGACCAGCUGGCCAGGAACCAGUUCCUGCAGCACCUGCCCUCGGAGCUGCGGUUCCGGUACUUGGAGCAGAAGCUGCAAAGCGCAGACAUCCUGCGCGGCAUGUUCUCCUUCAGCAGCCGCCGCGCGCUGCUAGCAGAGCCGUACCUGUUCAGAGCCAAGAUGGAGGACAAGGCGGUGGACACGUCGGACCUGGAGGUGGCCGAGGACCCCAUGGGGCUGCACGGUAUCGACCUGAUCACAGCUGCUCUGCUGUUCUGUCUGGGGGACUCCCCAGGGGGCCGCGGCAUCUCCGACAGCCGCUUCGUGGACGGGUACCACAUGGACUUCGGGACGCAGACCUUCUCCUUCCCGUCCGCCAUCUUGGCCACAGACACCAUGGUGGGGGACAUGUCCUCUGCCUCAGCCUGUGACCACGCCAGCCCCCAGCUGUGUAACCCCUCCCCCUUCCACACGCUGCGCCUGGACCUGAUGCUGGAGUGUGUGGCGCGGUACCAGACCCGGCAGCGCUCCAUGUUCACGUUCGUGUGCGGCCAGCUGUUCCGCAGGGACGAGUUCUCCUCGCACUUCAGGAACGUCCACGGAGACAUCCACGCGGGGCUCAGCGGCUGGAUGGAGCAGCGCUGCCCCCUGGCCUACUACGGCUGCACCUUCUCCCAGAGACGCUUCUGUCCUCAGGCUCAGGGCGCUCGCAUCAUCCACGACCCUCACCUCGGGGCAUUCGGACUCAGACCAGGAGGGAGAGGGUCUGAGGGAGCCAGGAGACCCAGACCCUCAGACCAGCUCAGCAGCCUCCCCUUCGAGGUGCUGCAGCACGUUGCCAGGUUCUUGGACAGUUUCAGCCUGUGCCAGCUGUCGCGUGUGUCCCGCACCAUGAGGGAGGUGUGUGGCAGCCUCCUGCAGCUGAGGGGGAUGGUGGUCCUCCUGUGGGAGAGGAGGCGCAGGGAGGACGGGGCGCUGUCCUGGGCCAUCACAGACAAGGUGUGGCGCUUCAGCACAGCCUUUGGCACAGUGAGUGAGUGGAAGUUUGCUAACAUCAGUAGCAUGGCGGACCACCUGAAGAAGUGCAGGUUCAACACAGUGUCGCGGCGCGAGGAGGCGGUGCCCCUGCCUUGUAUGUGCUUCACCCGAGAACUGACCCGCGAGGGCCGCAGCCUGCGCGCCGUGCUUAAGCCGGUGGCCUGA